AUGUCGGUUGUGAACGUCUACACGACGGCGUCGACCGGCGACAACCUGAGUCGGCACGAGAUGCUCAUGUGGGUCAACGACUGUCUUCAGGCCAACUUCACCAAAAUCGAGCAGCUCCACACGGGCGCCGGCUACUGUUUGGUUCGUUAUUCAGUUUGGUUCAUACCAAGAAAAUACUUUUCAGUUCACAGACUUCCUUUUCCCUGAAGCACUCCCUUUGAAAAAAGUGAAAUGGAACUCGAAGCUCGAGCUUGAUUGGCUUUCCAAUUGGAAGUUGGUUCAAACGGCUUGGAAAAACCUCGGUGUCGAAAAAGUCAUACCAGUUGAUAGACUGAUCAAAGGGAAGUUCCAGGUAGGAGUAGCUGAUCUUUGUAAAAAGAAAAAAAACAACUUUUGAGGACAAUUUCGAGUUCCUUCAAUGGUUCAAGAAGCUGUUCGAUGCCAACUACGAUGGCCACGAGUAUGACCCUCUCGGUGCCCGCGGAGGAGAAGAUCUUCCGGGAGAAGCCGUCGGCGGAGCAGCCGCUCGUCCUGGAAUCCGACAGCCCGUCGCGCGCGCUCCAGUUAUGCCGUGAGUAUCCUCGCCUCGCUUUUUUUAUUUUUGAAUCGAUCAAUAAAAUAAAUAAGCAAAACGAUUAAUGAUAAUGGUUUUUCUCAUAGUAUUUUUCGUCGUUUUUCUAUUUUUUUAUGUUUAACUGUUUCUAAUACAACUUAAGUCGUGGAUUCGAAAAUUUUUCAAAAAAAUUAGAUUUGAAAAAAAGUGCUUAAUGAACACUUUUUCUAAAGAGUGACUUUGCUGCAAAGUUUAUUUUUAGGCAAGAAUUUUUUUCAAUAAUGUAAAUAACUUUUUCUUCUGGUUUGCUCACAAAAAAACUCAUUUUCAUAAUUAAUUUAUUGAUUGAUUUUUUUCUACAGGAAAACGACAACACGUGCGCCGGCGGUAGCAGCGACGCCGAAACCGACGCCCGCGACUCCGGCGACACGAGCACCGCCAGCAGCAGCCGCGCCUCGACCGCAGCCUGUCGCAGCGACGCCAUCGAAUGGCUUGAAACAGGCGGCCCCGAAAGCUCCUUCCGCUGCCGACAACUCGCAGAUGCUCCAGCAGAUCCGUAAGCUGAAGGAGGAACUCGAUGAGGUCUGCAGCGGGAAUGCUCAGUUUUUCUAUCUUUUAUUCAAGGCCACACGGCAAGUUUCGGAGAGUGACAACGUCAUUUCCAGCCUUGAGAAAGAACGCGACUUCUACUUCAGCAAACUGCGAACCAUCGAGGUCUGAAAGGCUGGAAGCGAAGUGAAGGACGUAGAUUUCCAGGUGAUGUGCCAAGAUAACGAAUCUAUUGGGAAUGUGGAAGUGUCGCGGAUUCUCGACGUCCUCUACGAGACGGAGGACGGCUUCGCGCCGCCGGAAGACGAAGAAGCCCCCGUCCCAGAGGAGUUCUGA